GAUAAAUUGAAAAGUGGGCUACCUGUAAAUAGUCACCAGCGUCAUGGAUAACGUAACGGAGAAACUGUUCCAAUGUUUUGGUCAUAAGAAAUUCAAAAGUGAGCUGCAGGAGAGAGCUGUGAGAGCUAUUGCCCGAGGUGUUCAUGAUGUAUAUGUUUCUAUGCCAACUGGUUCUGGUAAAUCUCUUUGUUUUCAAUUACCUGCAAUGUUACAAGACAAUAAAGUAGCAAUAGUUUUCUCCCCAUUACUUGCCCUGAUCAAAGAUCAGAUAGAUCACUUGACUAGAUUGAAAAUUCCAGCUGAAUCUAUCAAUUCAAAAAUGACAACUAAAGACAGAGAGAGAGUCUUGAAUGAUCUACGUGCUAUGAAACCUAACACUAGGUUUUUGUAUGUAACUCCAGAACAAGCAGCUACUGGAACAUUCAAAUCACUGAUAGAACAUCUAGUCAAGUAUAAAAAAGUUUCAUACGUCGUAGUUGAUGAAGCUCACUGUGUGAGCGAAUGGGGUCAUGAUUUCCGACCAGAUUAUUUAAAAUUGGGUAAUUUGAGAGAAAAAUUUAAAACUAUUCCUUGGGUAGCGCUCACUGCCACAGCUAGUGCAGAAGUCACUAAAGACAUAAUAGAAAAUCUAAAGUUGUUACACCCAGUUGCACAAUUUAAAACACCAAGUUUUCGUCGAAAUUUGUUCUAUGAUGUUGUGUAUCAGAAUUGUAUUGAGGAUGAAAUUACUGAUCUUGCUGAGUUUUUGAAGAAAUGUUUAAAGGAUGAAGACAAUGUUAAGCCAAAAGACAGAAAUGCUGCUAUAGUUUAUUGCAGAACUCGUGAACAAACUGAAGACCUAGCUAGAAUGCUUAGUGGCAAAGGAAUGAAGGCUUUGGCUUAUCAUGGAGGGCUCAAAGGGUCGGAAAGGGUUUCAGUACAAGAACAAUGGUUCAAUGGAGAAUUCCCAUGUGUAUGUGCUACAGUAUCAUUUGGUAUGGGUGUGGAUAAAGCAACCGUCCGAGCUGUUGUUCACUGGGGCUUACCACAAAAUGUUGCGGCUUAUUAUCAAGAAUCUGGCAGGGCUGGUAGAGAUGGUAAGCCAGCAUUCUGUAGAAUAUACUACUGUCGAAGUGAACGAAAUGCCGUUGAUUUUUUGCUGAAAUCAGAAAUAGCGCGCGCAAAAACUCCUGAGCAGAAACAACGCUGCAAAAAUUCAUAUAAGAGUUUCGAGAUUAUGGUGAAAUACUGUGAAGAUGUUGGGUGCCGGCACAAAACGUUCGCCGACUACUUCGGCGAAGAGAUCCCCCGUUGCGCGGGGCGGUGUGACGCGUGUGCUGACGCUCGAGCUGUGCAACGCAAGCUCGAGCAGCACAUGCGUCGCGCUAUGAGCGCCACGCUGCACCGCGCGGGCUUCGUGGCGCAGGAUGACUCGUCUGAUCUGUACGGGCAGGGACGGGACGGGCAGAAGAGAGAGAUAGAGUCGUACUAUGGUGACGGCGGUGACGACUCCGAUGGAGAAAGCAGCAGACGUAGAGUUGCAGAAGAAACGAGAUCUCUUAUUAUGAAAGAAUUUGCUCAACGAAAGAAAAGCAUUGAGAAAGACAGGAAGCCACAUGAUGAAACAGAAUCUGCAAAACACUCAAAAUGUAAAGCUGCAGAUAGUACAAGCACAAAGGUAAAUGGUCUAAUAGUGGCUACUAGAGAGAACUAUCUCUCUCUAUUAAAUAAUGCGUUAAGCGAGAAUUUGACAGCAUUAAAGGGUGUUGACGAACCGACACGAACAUUAUCUAAGAAUGAUGUAGAACAGUGUGCAAUCGAAUUGGAGUAUGAAGCGUUUUCCAACAGUACUGUCAUAAGCUUGUAUCGGCGGGCUUUAACUAAAUUGAUUUCGAACGUGAAAGCAUCAAAAGAUCAAUUGUAUCCAUAUCUCAAAGAUUUUGAACCAAAGAAGAAAGAAACACUGGCUGAAUUUGUCAAAGAAUUUGAGAAAAAAAAGCGGGACGAAAAAGCGCAUGGUUUCAUAACAGCGGCUCAAUUAGAAAGUGGACAAAUUGAGGUGAAAAAUGAAGCAAGGGAACUAUCAAAAGCUGAUAAAGAAACAAAAAGAAAAGCGAAUUCUUUCAAAAAAGAUCCGCUUACUCAAACCAAGCUGAAAAAUUUCUUCACUCCUAAAUCAUCACAAGAAUCUCCUGACUUAACUUCAAGCAACAGUGAAGAUGAAUGUGGUCUCGUAAUUGAUGAAAAUAUAAAACCAGAUGCCUUUGACUCUACACUUAAACUUAAUAAUAUUGAGGAUAAUUCACUGGAUAGUGAUGAUAACGAUUGUACAUUAAAAAUUGACGAAAGUGCAACUGCUGGUGAAUCUCCAAAAAGAAAAUCUAGCAAAACAGAAUCCAAAACCUUUGUUAUAAAUAUAACUUUGCAAGGAGUUCCAAGUAAAAGCACAAAUAAGGAUACGGAGAAUGUUGAUGAAACUAGCAAAAGCAAUGAUGAAACUAAACCAAUAUCCCCCAAAAAAGGGCUUGUUCCGUCAAAAAGAAAAAUAAAAGCGCUAUUUGGCGAAUCAGAUGAUAGUGAUUUUGAAUUAGAUUCGCAUAAACACAAAAAACCUAAGCAUGGAAAAGAUAAACACAAAGAAAAACACAAACAUAAACAUAAGGACGAAAAAUCGAAACAUUCGCGACAUCGUAGCAAAUCUGAUUCUGAUAAGAAAGAUAGGAAACGUUCUUCAAGUAGAACUAAUUCAGAGAAAGAGUUAAUUAUUGAUGAAAUUCCUGUUGCAAAUACUCCAGAAAACAUACCCCAUGGUCACAAAUCGUCAGAAGACAAAGUUGAGAAAACGGUUGAUCAAAACACGACACUGGAGCUCAGUGUAUGUGAUAAAACAAAUAAAGAUACUCAAAAAAGUAAAGAAGAUAGUGAAACGGAUUUGACAAAUGUUAAUAUGGAGCAAUGUGAGAAAAUAGAUUUAGAUGAUAAAUCUCUGAGUGAAGCAUACAGAUUAAGUGUUGAGGCUGACAAAGUUUUAAAAGAAUUGCAACAGUUUGCAGAAAUGAAGCCCGAGCCUGAAAUUAAAGUGGAGGUUAAAAAAGAGGCACAGACAGUAAAAGAGAGUGAUUCCAAUGAGCCUGAUUCACAAAUAACUGUGAGUUCCUCACAAAGCUCUUCCGUUAAACACAAGUCUAAGCACAGAAGCAAGUCACAUACAGAAAAUGUGGAUGUUACAGAAAAGCCACAAGUAAGCCAGCCAGAUAAAGAAAAGCAUGUUUCUGAAGUAUUAACUAAAGCUCACAGGAAAGAAAAAGAAGUCAAUCACAAAUCUGAAAUAUCCAAAAAACAUCACAAAUAUGAUAAAGAACAUAAAAAAAGAAUAGAUAUAACUGUAAAACCCGAAAGAAAGCAUAAAGAGAAAAAACCGAAAAGCGAGAAAGUCGAUGUAGCGGGAUUAGUUGUUAAGUUAUUGAUGCCUUAUUAUAAGAAGAAGAAAAUUAAUAACAGAGACUUAUUUAAAGUCACUGCUAGACAUAUCGUUCAUCAACUUCUUGCUAUUCAAGUUACAGAGGAAGCUGCUAUCAACAUGUUAUUAAAGAAAGCUUUCAGCAAGGAUAUUACGAUAGAAAGUGAAAGUGAUUUAAAUACUAAAUUAACGUUAAGCAAUGUGGUUUAAUAUGAAGUUUGAUAAUAAUUAAAAUAAUUAUUAGUGUUAAUGUUAAGAAUUAUUUAUACAUAAUUAUUCUUGUAUGUCGUUUAAUAAUAAUUACAUUUAAAGUGUUA